AUGCUUUCGGGGAGCAAAGAUUUUAUAUAUGGGCCCGAGCUUUUGUUACAGAAGGGACUCAUAUUUGUUUCGAUGAAUUACAGGUUAAACUCUCUUGGAUUUUUAUCGCUCAUUACUAAAGAUACUUGUGGAAAUGCUGCAAUGAAGGAUAUCAUACUCUCAUUGAAGUGGAUAAAACGUAAUAUAAUACAAUUCGGAGGUGAUGAAAAUAAAGUCACUAUCGGAGGUCAUAGUUCAGGCGGCACACUAGUUCACCUUUUGAUGUUAUCAAAAAAAACUACCGGCCUCUUUCAAAGAGCAAUUAUUAUAAGUGGAGGUGCUUAUCACCACAGAGCUAUAUCAAAAUAUCCUAAAGAAAAAGCAUUUCGACUCGGCAAAGAAAUGGGUAUUGAUACAAAAGAUCCUAAUACUUUACUAGAAACGUUAAAGAAUUUAGAUUACGAUGAACUUAUUGCUGGAUAUAUCAAAAUGUCUGACGCAAGUCCGAAAGCUUUAACUCCGUACACGCCUUUUAUUCCAAUCAUUGAAAAGGAUUGUGCCGAUUCCGUGUUGGAUGUUGCCCCAGAAAAAAUAUUAUCAGAAGACGGAUUGACCCAGAAAGUUCCACUUCUUAUUGGUUUCAACACUAACGAGGGUAUAUACUUGCUGCCGAGAAUUUAUUCGAACCUUAAGGAAAUAGAGGAGAUAAAUAACAACUUGGAGUUACUCAUUCCACCUAAUAUCGAAUAUCCGAGCGGGUUGGAAGAAGCGAAGAAUUUAGCAAUCUCUAUAACUAGGCUUUACUUUGGCCAGGACAGAAUCAUUGAUAACGGAAAAUUCUGUUUGUUCUGUCUAACGGAUUAUAUUACCGAUGUUCAUUAUCCUGUUUAUAAUACAGAUGCAUGGAUUAGAAAGUACAAAGCCCGAAAUGAUAGUAACAGUCUAUAUUUAUAUGAAUUCAGUUUCGAUGGUUCAUUGAAUUGGGCAAAACUUAUUUAUGAGAUUGACGCGCCGGGUGUGUCCCACGCCGACGAACUUGGAUAUUUAUUUUUGACGAAUAUCACGAAAGAUGACGAACUCAUUGAUGAGAGAAAUAGGAAAAUGCGGGAUCACGUGACGUUCUUAUUUUCUAACUUCAUAAAAUAUGGAAAUCCUACACCAAACGAUGGCGGCAGCAUUAUGUGGCCCGAAUAUAGCAAAGAACAAAAUUACCUGAUUAUUAAUGAUAAACCAAUAGUAAUGCAGCGUCAUCUCUCGUCAAGGACAGUGAAAACAAACUUCUGGGACAAAGUUUAUGAAGAUUAUGAGAAUUACUUAAAGAGGGGCGGUGUGACACACAUGAAACUGUACGACAAAUAUAUAAUAGUAAAAACUCACAGUGGGCCUAUAAGAGGUAAAUUGAUCGUAUUUAAUGGAUUUAGUUACUAUUCAUUUCAAGGGAUACCAUACGCUGAAAGCACCGCGGGAAAAUUUAGAUUUUUGCCUCCAGUACCUAAAAAGCCUUGGUCUCAAGUCUAUGACGCCUUUCAAGAGGGCCCAGUAUGUCCUCAGGCAAGAAGGAAAGACUACCAUAUAGAAAAAAUGGACGAAGAUUGUUUAUAUUUAAAUAUAUAUGUACCAGCGUAUUUUACAAAGGAAGCAUUUUUACCAGUAUACGUAAAUAUCCACGGUGGCGGACAUAACAUGCUUUCGGGGAGUAAAGAUUUUAUAUAUGGGCCCGAGCUUCUAUUAAAGAAGGGACUCAUAUUUGUUUCAAUGAAUUAUAGGUUAAACUCUCUUGGAUUUUUAUCUCUCAAUAUUAAAGAUGCAUGUGGAAAUGCGGCAUUAAAAGACGUCAUACUCUCAUUGAAGUGGAUAAAACGGAAUUUAAAACAAUUCGGAGGUGAUGAAAGUAAAAUCACUAUCGGAGGUCAUAGUUCAGGCGGCACACUAGUCCAUCUUUUGAUGUUAUCAAAAAAAACUACCGGCCUCUUUCAAAGAGCAAUUAUUAUAAGUGGAGGUGCUUAUCACCACAGAGCUAUAUCGAAAUACCCUGAGAAAAACGCAUUUCGACUCGGCAAAGAAAUAGGUAUUGAUACAAAAGAUCCUAAUACUUUACUAGAAGCGUUAAAGAAUUUGGAUUACAAUGAACUUAUUGCUGGAUAUAUCAAAAUGUCUGACGCAAGUCCGAAAGCUGUAAUUCCGUACACGCCUUUUAUUCCAAUCAUUGAGAAGGAUUGUCAUGAUUCCGUGCUAGAUGUUGCCGCGGAAAAAAUAUUAUCAGAAGAUGGAUUAACCCAGAAAGUUCCACUUCUAAUUGGCUUCAACACCAACGAGGGUAUAAACAUGCUGCCGAAUAUUUAUUCGAACCUUAAGGAAAUAGAGGAGAUAAAUAACAAUUUGGAGUUAUUAAUUCCAUCUAAUAUCGAAUAUCCGAGCGGGUCAGAAGAAGCACAGAAUUUAGCAAAAUCUAUAACUAAGUUUUACUUCGGCAAGGAGAGUAUCAUUGACGACGGAAAAUUCUGUUUGUUCUGUCUAACAGAUUAUAUAACGGAUAGUAAUUACCCUGUUUGCAAUACAGAUUAUUGGGUUGAAAAGUACAAAGGCCGAAAUGAUAGUAACAGUUUAUAUUUAUAUGAAUUCAGUUUCGAUGGUUCAUUGAAUUGGGCAAAACUUAUUUAUGAGAUUGACGCGCCGGGUGUGUCCCACGCCGACGAACUUGGAUAUUUAUUUUUGACGAAUAUCACGAAAGAUGACGAACUAAUUGACGAGAGAAAUAGGAAAAUGCGGGACUACGUAACGUUCUUAUUUUCUAACUUCAUAAAAUAUGGAAAUCCUACACCAAAUGAUAGCGGCGGCAUUAUGUGGCCCGAAUAUGGCAAAGAACAAAACUACUUGAUUAUAAAUGAUAAACCAAUAGUAAUGCAGCGCCAUCUAUCGUCGAGGACGGUCAAAACGAACUUCUGGGACAAAGUUUACGAAGAUUAUGAGAAUUACUUAAAGAAUGGCGGUGUAACACACAUGAGACUUACGUUGAACGAAAAAUUAAUUGUGAGAACUCAUAGCGGUCUCGUAAAGGGAAAAUUGAAUCAUGUGUAUAAUCGUUUUGCGUAUUACUCCUUUCAAGGAAUACCGUACGCAGAGAGCACAGCAGGGAAAUUUAGAUUUAUGCCACCCGUCGCAAAAAAACCUUGGAAUCACACACUUGAUGCUACAAGGGAAGGGCCAGUCUGUCCACAAGCGGUGACCAGAUACCAAAGAACAGACAUGAGCGAGGAUUGCCUCAAUCUAAACGUCUAUAUACCAGGAAAUAUUACAAAUAAACUACUGUCUGUUUGGGUACACAUUCAUGGAGGUGGUCUCGCUUUGCUUUCGGGAAAUAGCGAUUUUAUGUAUGGACCCCAAUUUAUUUUACAAAAAGACGUCAUUUUUGUAACAUUAAAUCAUAGACUACAUGCGUUUGGAUUUCUAUCACUUAACACGGAAGGAGCGUGUGGUAACGCCGGCAUCAAAGACAUAUUGCUGGCGUUAAAAUGGAUAAAUCAAAACAUAGAAAGAUUCGGAGGCGACAAAAACAAAAUCACACUCGGUGGAAACAGUUCAGGGGCGAUAUUAAGCCACUUCCUGAUGUUCUCAAAUAAAGCAGUCGGAUUGUUUCAACAAUUACUUCUUAUAAGUGGAAGUGCUCUCCAUCAUAGGUCUCUAUCCAGAUAUCCUAAAGAUAAAGUAAUAACGCUAGCAAACGUAUUAGGGAUCAAAGCGGACAAUUCUAGUCAUUUAAUAAAAGAAUUACAAAAAAUAGAUCCAUUUAAACUUACAGACGCAUAUAUGCAAAUGGCCGCCAUCGAUAGGAACAUUAUACGGUCACGCGCAACUUUAUCGCCGAGCGUUGACAAUAUGUGUACAGACUCGAUCUUCCAGCAUUCUCCAGCCGAAAUAUUUGCUAACGGACUCCCAAAUAAAGUACCGAUGUUAAUGGGUGUCAAUUCUAAUGAAGGAGCUUAUAUGAUACCUACGAUUAUGUCGAAACUAGGAGACGUAAAAGAAUUGAGUGAGAAUAUAGAACGCUUGAUCCCAUCAGACAUUGAGUAUCCGUUAGGCUCCGAAGCUUCCGUUGACUUAGCGAAAGCUAUAGCUAAGCUGUAUUUUGGCAAAGACAGUAAUAUCGAUAGAGACUUCUGUUUGUAUUGCUUGACUGAAUACAUUACUGACGCUCAAUACGCCAUCCACAGUAUUGACUCGUGGGCGAGAAAAUACAAGGAACAGAACGAUAGUAAAGCUUUGUACUUAUAUCAAUUCGGUUUCGAUGGAAUGUUGAAUUGGGCGAAAAUCGCUUACGAAUUCGAGUGCCCCGGUGCCUCUCACUCUGAUGAACUUGGUUAUUUGUUUCUGACCCAAUUUACUAAUUUUAGCGAAGCACAUGUCGAUAAUAGAAGUAGGAAAAUGCGUGACACGAUGGUUACUUUAUUCACUGAUUUCGUAAAACAUGGAAACCCAACGCCGAACAAUAAUUCUGGUAUAACCUGGCCAGAAUUUGGUAAAGAACAAAAUUACCUGUCAAUAAACGAUAAAUCAAGGGCUACUAUCCUCAACUAUUCCCCUGCGACCGCCAAAAUGCUCUUUUGGGAUAAUGUGUAUACCGAAUACAAUAACUACAUUAAUAAGGGAAAUGGUUUAGUGAAGAAUAAAACAUACUCGCAGUGGAAGCAUGUUUUAUUUCAUAUAUUGAUUAUUCUGACGAAAGAUAUGACGAUUUCACUGUUCUACUUAUAG